CUAUACUACCAAUGGCCCAAAAUUGCUCCUCCGCCGUCACCCCCUCGCUGCGUACUCUUCUGUUAUUGGUAUGGCCAGUAGAACCACCGCCCUCGCGUCCCUCUCUGCGGUGGCUGCCGCCCUUUUCGCUAUCAUCGUCGCUCCGGCUCUGCGCCUCACAUGGAGUCCGUGGAAAUGGAGUCGGAUUUCGGCGGACCUUGUGGUCAUGAAUGCGACCAUCUACACCAGCGACCCAUCCCUUCCUUUCGCCCAAGCCAUGGCCGUCCGAGGCGGCCGGAUUCUCCGAGUCGGCAGCUAUUCCUCUGUUGAGGACCUGGUGGGCCAAGAAACUUAUGUGUUGAACCUUAAUGGGAAUGUUGUAAUGCCAGGGUUUAUUGAUUCACAUUUGCACUUGAUAUAUGGUGGCUUGCAGAUGGGACGAGUGGAACUUCGAGGUGUAAAAAGCCAAGAAGAAUUUGCAAGAAAGAUCAAAGAAGCUUUGAGAGAUAAACUUCAUGGUGAGUGGAUCUUAGGUGGCGGAUGGAACAAUGAUCUCUGGGGUGGAGAAUUACCUCUUGCUUCUUGGAUAGAUGGCAUCACACCUGACAACCCAGUAUGGCUUUCGCGCAUGGAUGGUCAUAUGGGAUUGGCCAAUUCACUUGCCCUAAAGAUAGCUGGAAUUAACAACAGUACAUGUGAUCCAGUUGGUGGAGCUAUUGCGAAGACUUUGGAGGGCGAGCCUAGUGGUCUGCUGGUUGAUUCUGCAAUGAAGCUUGUUCUAGCUGUGAUACCUGAAGUCUCGAUCCAUGAUAGGAGAGACUCACUGAUCAGAGCAAGCAAGUAUGCAUUAACGAGGGGAGUGACAACCGUGAUUGACUUUGGGAGAUUCUUUCCAGGCACAUCAGUUGAUCAUAUCUGGCAAGACUUUUCAGAUGUUUACCAAUGGGCUGAUUCUUCUGGGAAAAUGCUGAUCAGAGUUUGCUUAUUUUUUCCAAUGCAAACUUGGUCUCUACUGGUUGAUCUUAUUCAAGAAAAAGGUAGAGCCUUGAGUCAAUGGAUACAUUUGGGUGGUGUCAAAGCUUUUGCUGAUGGGUCUUUGGGAUCUAGUAGUGCACUUUUCUACGAGCCUUAUGAGGAGGAUCCAUACAGUUAUGGAUUGCAAGUAACAGAUAUAAAUUGGCUCCAAAAUGUGACAUUGCAUUCAGACAAAUUUGGACUUCAGGUUGCCAUUCAUGCCAUCGGAGACAAAGCCAACGAUAUGGUGCUGGAUAUGUAUAAUACUGUUGUAUCUUAUAAUGGAAUGAGGGAUCGCAGAUUUAGGAUUGAACAUGCCCAACAUCUGGUUCCAGGAUCAACCAUACGUUUUGGUGAACAAAGAAUUAUUGCCUCUGUACAGCCAGAUCAUCUCCUGGAUGAUGCUAAUUCUGCUGAAAAAAAAAUAGGCACCAUGAGGGCUCAGAGAGGAUCAUAUUUGUUCCGGUCACUCAUUGACAGUGAUGCAAUCUUAGCUUUUGGUUCUGAUUGGCCGGUUGCUGAUAUCAAUCCACUUGGAGCCAUAAAAACAGCACUAUACCGAGUCCCUCCAGGAUGGGAAAAUGCUUGGAUUCCGAGUGAGCGUAUGGCUUUAUAUGAUGCUCUGAAAGCGUCGACCAUUUCAGCUGCCUACGCUGGCUUCUUAGACCAAGAGUUGGGUAGUCUGUCCGCAGAUAAGUAUGCAGAUUUUGUAGUAUUACCGGUCGAUUCAUGGGAUCAAUUGGCAGGGGAUUUACCUACUACUGUAUUGGCAACUUAUGUAAAUGGCAAGCAAGCUUAUCCAUGAGAUUGUACCAAAUUUUUUUGCCGGAGUGAUGAAUCAAUGUGUCCUUGAGAUAAUAUAUAUAGAGUGCAAAGUUGAAGGUAGGGAUGAUAUGCUAUCAGCAAUAGUUGCUUUUAAUUUGUAAAGAAUCAUUAUGUAACUCAUGGUUGCAUCUGGAAGCAUACAAAGGUACGGAAGUAAAAACUACAUUUUGCCAAGUACAGAA